AAAAAAAUUAGUUUUAUUGUAAAACUGGAAACUCCCUGAUUGAAAUUUUCCAUGGGAAAACCACUCCCUGAAAACUUUAUAAGCUGAACAGUUAACAGAUUUUAUCACCGUUUCGAGCUGUUGCAAUAAAAAACUCCGAUUGGUUGUGACUCGAAGCGGGAGUGACUCGAGAGCACCAUACGCUUAUCGUUAUCAAAAGCACUCAGUUCCCUGGAUAAGAUGCGGGACUGCCGGUCCCUAAAAUGAAAUGCGGCCAAACCGACCGCGACCGUUAGCGAACUAAGGGGCAAAUGCACGGCACUUGGACAGCGGAAAAUGGCGAGGAGCAGAGUUCCUUGCUGGCGACGGCGGCGGAUAGUUCCGCCACUGGGUCUGACGAUGAGGCUCACCAUCGUACCAAGGUCAAGUUGAGGAAGCUACAACGGCGCAAUCGCUUGCCGCUGCCAAGGAGCUUGAGACGCCUCGGCUGUUACACUCUGAGCGCCUGCAUUGUGUUGUUGCUGAUCUUCGUCUACCUGCCGCUCAUCUACAUGGAUGUGCACAGGCGUAGUGCUGGUCUGCCCGACUGGACCCUGGAGGCCUCCCGGAGCAUAGGCGACUAUCUAGAUCCCGGACAGGAAACGGCGGACAUUGUACCCCGUGACCUUUGUCGAAACAAGACCUUCCUGGUAAUCGCCGUCUGCUCGGGCCUGGGCAACUUUGUUCAGCGCCAGACCAUACGCGAGACCUGGGGAAACACCACCGAGUUCAAUUACCCGGCCUUCCUUAAACUCCAUGGCCACCUCAAGGGUCGGUACCUGCCGCCGCUGCCGGAGCGUCUCAAGCUAUACGCCGAUUACCUGCGCGGCGUGAGUGAUUCCCUAACCGCCACAGUGCGCAUUGUCUUUGUUAUUGGUCGCAGCCGGGAUGAGGCACUCUUAGGAAACGAGACCCUGACUCGUAUUCACAGCGAAGCGGAGCAGUACAAUGACAUAAUUCAGGGGAAUUUUGUGGACAGCUACAACAACCUCACCCUAAAGUCGGUGAUGGCUCUGAAGCACAUCAAUAGGAGCUGCUCGAAUACCUCCGCCUUCUUCCUCAAGUGCGACGAUGAUACCUUCCUGAAUGUACCCAAUCUCUUGCACUUCCUGCUGGGAGGCACUAUACCACUGUACAACGACACAUUAGACUACCAUGACCGCAUCACCUUUCUGGCCACAUCGCCGCAGAACCGGAUGAACGACACCUAUGGGGUUAUGUACGGCCAUCAGUUCUGCAAUGUUGUGCCGGUCAGUGAUGUGACUAGCAAGUGGUACAUGCCCUCGUACAUGUAUCCGCUAGAGGCGUAUCCAAAGUAUCUCUCCGGCGCCGGCUACCUCCUCUCCAUUGACGUGGUGCAGCGGCUGUACGAGGCGUCGCUCAAUACAACGCUGGUCUAUCUGGAGGAUGUGUACAUCACGGGUCUAUGUGCGCAGCGGGCCAAUGUCAAGCGUCGCCACCAUCCGCUCUUCAGCUUUGCCCACUCGAAGAAGCCGUGUGCCUUCAAGGGCACCAUCUUACAGCACCAGGUGAAGGAUGACAGUAUGGUGGAAGCCUGGAACCACGUGUCCAACUACUCCAUCAAGUGUCCCCCGCCCGAGCGGUACUUCAGCCAACUGCGACUGCACAAACGACCCAACUGUUAGGACCCGGCGAUUUCCCAAUAACAUUUUCCUUCUAACAUUUUUUAUUAGUCUGCAUAGGAUAAGAUAUCAGUUAUCAGUAAUUACAUAGUAUCAGUUAUCUGCUAAAUUCGUUGCCUGUAAAAGCUGAUACUUAUAACCCUUCACUUAAUUCUCUUCUAGGUUAAUUUGCGAACAUUUAAUCAAUACUCGCGGUUUUAUGUUUCUAAAUUCUUUUAAACGAAUUUUGCUAUAGGUUAUUUUCCUCGUUACGCUGACUAAAUCUAUUAUAUCCUUAGCCCAGACUCAUAACUCUUACUAAUUCUAAUUGACGAACACGAGCCUCCUUAAAUUUUAAGGCCCCUCUGCGAUAUAUUUAUAUACGUAAAUGUUACUUAGUUAUGUCCCAUAUAUAAGCACCCUGUAACCUUUUAACCCCAUAUCAAUGUUAAAAGUAAUGCACACAUAUACAUAUAUCGUACGGAAACAUCCCUUCUGGCUUCCGGACAAGGACCCUAGACCCUAUAUCAUACAAAUAGAUUUAAUGCUAGAUCUGUAAGUAUUUAUUUUUUUAAGUACUGAUAUCAGUUACUACUGUCCUGCUGCAUCUUGCAUUAUUUAUAUUUCCUCGAUUCAGACCUGUUUUUAAUGUUGUAUUGUAACUUUAUUUGGCUGAUCCACGCACAGAAACUGUAACAUAAUAUAUAAUCAGUUGGUAAACGUGUGAUACAGAAAAACGGAACAAUAUUAAAUCAGAUUGCCAAUA